CACCUCGCGAGAACUCAAAGCCUACGUCACGUUACCUUUGACAUAGAUUUGUUUCUGCACCUGAGAAGCACGCAGCCAGAAGGGUCCAAGAUGAACAGAGCUUUCAACAAAACAAGUCUGAAACAGCUGACUGGUGUCCUCCAAAGGUUUCAAAGCACCUUGGUGGUUGCAGAGCACAACAAUGAAAAGUUGACCCCUAUUACACUCAAUGCCAUCACUGCUGCCAGUAAGCUGGGUGGAGAUGUGUCCUGUCUUGUUGCUGGAACAAACUGUGCACAGGUUGUAGAGCAAAUCAGAAAAGUACAAGGCGUGAAUAAGGUUCUGGUUGCUCAACAUGAUUCUUACAAAGGUUCCCUGCCAGAGGAGCUGACUCCACUUAUCCUGGAAACUCAAAAGCAAUUCAAAUUCACUCACAUCUGUGCUGGUGCAUCUGCCUUUGGAAAGAACCUGCUUCCCAGAGUGGCUGCCAAGUUGGAUGUAUCUCCAGUGUCAGAUAUUAUUGAGAUAAAGUCUCCGGACACUUUUGUCAGAACAAUCUAUGCUGGAAAUGCUCUCAGCACGGUGAAAUGUAACGAGUCGGUCAAGAUCGUCACGGUCAGAGGCACGUCCUUUGAGGCGGCACGGUAGCUUACAGAUUCAUCCAAAAAGCUCAGACCGUUUGGUUCUUCUUCUCCUGCUGGAGUGUCUGAGUGGCUGGAACAGAUUCUGACAAAGAGCGACCGCCCAGAUCUGACCAGCGCUAAGGUCGUGGUGUCAGGAGGAAGAGGCUUGAAGAGUGGAGAAAACUUCCAGCUGCUUUAUGACCUUGCAGACAAGAUGAAUGCUGCAGUUGGUGCAUCCAGAGCAGCAGUGGAUGCUGGUUAUGUCCCCAAUGACAUGCAGGUUGGACAGACAGGCAAGAUAGUAGCACCUGAGCUGUACAUUGCUGUUGGCAUCUCUGGAGCUAUUCAGCACCUGGCUGGAAUGAAAGAUAGCAAGGUUAUCGUUGCUAUCAACAAGGACCCGGAGGCUCCGAUUUUCCAGGUGGCUGACUACGGCCUGGUCGCUGAUCUGUUUAAGGCGGUUCCCGAGAUGACCAAAGCACUGGACAAGUGAUAGAGACCACCGGGUCCCUCAGUCGCUGCCUCAACAAAUACAUGAAGCACUAAUCCCCUACAUCAGCGAUUACCAAAGUGUGGGCCGCGAAGGUACUGCAGGUGGGCCGCGAGAGGU